AUGGACACAUACAGACAGAGGAGCUACCAGAACUCAAACGACUGGGGUCAGCGCUGGGCUGUCCGUCAAUGGAACCCGCCCCAGGGACACGGGGUCUACCUGUUUAUCCGCUUCCCUGGUCACUCGGUGGAGUUUGCUGCCCAGACGGUGGUGCUGGGCAAACGGGCAGUCACCACUGCUAGGGGUCAGUUCAUUGGGAUCGCCAGGAAGGUUCAUGACCUUAGCUCCGGCCCCCACCAGAAGGAGUCUCUAGUGGUCUACCUGUUCGAAUCCACAGAGGCAGCAACUCGCUUCUUUGUCAGCGACAACCGCUUCAAACAGCCGGACUUCCCCCCGCCGUCCGGCGCCUGUGAGGCUUGGACAGUGGUCAAGUUUCUGGAGACCAGGAAUGAUGACAUGUACCUGACUUACAUGCUCUGCGAUAACACUCUCAGAGGCUCCAGCUAUCACGAGUACAAGCGAGAAUUUGCCGAGCCGUUUUCCCAGCUGGUAUUGGACUACAACGGACAGCCGUUUGUGGUGCAGUCGAUCGGCGUGGAGUCGCUGAGGCGUCACCACGUGGAGCCGAACACAAUCGUCACGCUUCACCUCUUUAGAAACGAGGAGGACAUCAAGAGGAUGAUGGCAGACCCUCGUUACGAAGAUCUCAAGAGACGACAGAUCUCCAUGGCAACAGACUUUACCUCAGUCUUCACGAUUGACCCCCAGGCGUGUCCGUAG